AUGCAUAUUAGCAACCCCUAUGGGACUCACUCUUUUCAAUCCUUAUAUGAUAUCCUUUUUCCUUCUAAUCUGCUUGUCCCAGUGCCAAAUUUUUGGAGUGUCCGGCAUUAUCGACCGGAAUUCAUGCAAGAGCAAAGUUUGGUGUCCAAUUUAUCACAGGCCCCUGUCCGAUCGGACGGAAAAAGGGAGUUUUUUUGGGUAAGGGACACCUGCACUUGGUGGAUUUAUUGGCCUCCAGCUGAGUGGCCAACGUCGAAGAUCGUUACUGUACGUAGUACUUCCUACAUUUUUGGCACUCCCGCGCAGAAUUAUCUGUUGAAUCCAGCCGCUUGCCUGUAUGCACCUGGAUUUGAUGUGAAAAGGGAACACAAAUAUGCCAUCCUGCUGCUGUCUGAGCCUGCCAUAGAGGACUUGUGUUCAAGGUACUUCAGUGUCAAAGCGGUAAGCAAUUGUGGGGUGUUGGGUAUCUACGAAAGUUAA